AUGCUGGGUCCUCCUCCGCCCCUGGUCGACUCGAGUGCAGGCCGAGGAGUGUGCAUCAUGAGCGCCUCGUGGAGAGACAAGCAGCGCCCGGACCUCGUCAAUUUCGUCGCUGCGUUCCUCGCAACCAAUCUGUACCGCCUCAAUUUCAUGGCGCUUUCUCCGCCAUGGGGGCAAUCGGUUGCUUUCAUCUUCGAGACGGACUGGCUUCCUGAAAGGCAAGCUGCGGUCUUCAGCAGGGUGAGUACACUGAAGAGGCAGUUCAAGUAUCUCUACGUCGUUGUCGUCGUCCGCUCAGCAGAGCAGAACGAAUCAUUCAAUCAGUCAUAUUUCAAGUAUGGCAUGGAGCUUGGCUGCCCUACAUUCGUGCCUGUUUGUGAUCCAGAGAUGGGAUUCGAGAAGAUUGUAAGGAUAGCUCAUGCUCGUGGAGUGUGCAAGCAGAAAGACAUUGUCGCAGCUAUGAGAACUGAGCGUGAGCAAGCUGUUCAGUGCAUGGAUGCGUUUUUACGAGUGGUCACCUCUAUUCCUGGUAUUGACAGUCAUGAUGCAAAUGCGCUUGCCCAAGCCAUUGGCUCUAUCGAAGCAAUUGCGAAAGCAUCCAAGGAAUCCAUUCUGGAAAACACCGAUCUUUCCACUGAAAAGGCAGAGAGGAUUGUCAGGUUCUUCAGGGAUCCACAGUACUUCUUAAGCCCCAAAAUUAAUUAA